AUGGAGGAUUAUGACAGACUAACAGUCACGCAGUUGCAACCAAACCCUCCAUCAAACGAACUGCAACUGGUUCUGCUGGGUAAAACAUGUGCAGGGAAAAGUGCUACAGGAAACACCAUUUUGGGAGACAGAGAACGUUUUGUCGCUCAAUUGAGCAUGAGUUCAGUCACAAAAGAGUGCAAGCGAGAAUGUGGAACACUGGGAGGACGAAACCUUGUGCUUGUAGACACACCUGCUCUGUUUGACACAGAUCUAACAGUGGAGGAAGUACAACAUGAAGUAGUACAUUGUCUGGCUUUGUGUUUACCCGGUCUUCAUGUAUUUCUGUUGGUUAUACCAAUAGAGCGAUAUACGGAGGAGCAUCAACACACAGUGGACAUGAUUCUGGAGAUGUUUAAUGAGGACAUCACCCGUCACACCGUCAUUAUAUUCUCCAAUGCUGACAAACUUAAAGGAACCUCCAUUGAGGAUUUCAUAUCAAGACAACAUAGCAGGAUGCAAGAUCUCGUGGGAAGAUUUGGGAGGCGUUUCGUGGCCUUUGACAACACAGACCCUGCAAACCGAGGUCAGGUCAUUCGACUUCUGGAGAAGGUGGAUGAGUUGUUGGUGCAGAAUGAGAACCGGCACUUCAUCAAUCAGAUUUCACAGGUUGUGCUGGAAUCCCAGAGGACAAUAAAACAGAGGAGAGAAGCUGCCAUGACUGAAAGAAUUAAGAAAAUUGCAGUUGAGGUACAAAAAAUGGCUGAUGCUCAUUGGGGUGCAUUCAAAGCGGCCAUGGAAGAAGAGAGACAAGAAACAGCAAGAAAAAGGAAGCGUGUGCAAGGCAGAAUUUAUCAGAUAAAAAUGGAUAUUGAAAAGGAAGUUCAGCAUGUGCGACCAAUCCAAACAAGACUGAUGCGUUUCAAAGCAUCUCUGCAGAGGAAACUGGUGAUCCUGAGAAGACUUGAGGAAAGAGAGAUGGAGGAGGAGAGAGAGAGAAAGAGAAUGAAGAAGAAAGAAAAGAUGGACCUGGAUAUAUGGAUACAAGAAGAAGUGCAGAGGAGAAAGAGUGAAGAGAUGAAGAAGAAUGACAAUAAUUCAGAUUACAGGGGGCCUGGGUAGCUCAGUGGUAAAAGACGCUGGCUACCACCCCUGGAGUUCGCUAGUUCACUAGUUCGAAACCCAGGGCGUGCUGAGUGACUCCAGCCAGGUCUCCUAAGCAACCAAAUUGGCCUGGUUGCUAGGGAGGGUAGAGUC